UAUCGCAGCGCAUCCCUAAUAUCAAACGCCGGUAUCGGCAGUGGGCCCGCGGCAUGUCUCGGCCGCGCGACGUGGAGCUCGUGCCGCUCAAGUCUGCGCUCGCUCGCGACGACCACUAUGCCAGGGCGAAACCAGUGCCUGUGUCUAAAAGGUUGCUGGCAAACAAAAAAACUCCGACUGCCCCAACGCCAUUGGUCACACUGUGCGGUGCGCCGCCCCCCUCCCGCCGCCGCGAGGAGCGCGCCGCCAUGGACAACCUGCGGAGGAAGGUAGCCCCCGCGCUGCUGCACCACAAACGCGCAGCACACAACAACAACAACGAACAAGUGGACAACGAACCGGAGAAGCUGGACAACAGGCCUAAACUACUACAAAAGGUCCUCCAAACGAAGCCAGUGAGCAUGGUGGUGCAAUGGAGCGAGAUCCGCACGGCCUGGCAGGACAGCGACUUCAUCACCGAGUGCCUGUGUUGGCACAACGUGUACCGCCAACGACACGGCGCGCCGCAGCUCUACAUGGCUCCGGAGCUAUGUGACUACGCGCAAGCCUGGGCCAACCAUCUCGCUCACACCAACAAGUUCUGCUACAGGAACGACAGGGACGUCGGCCAGAACCUCUACCAGCGGCCGGUGAGCGCGCUGCAACCUGACGUCACAGGACAAGAAGUAUCGUCUUAUUGGUACGCAGCAGUUCGCCAGUACAGCUUCUUUAAAGAACCAGAUAUAUUGCAUGCUAACGUCAAUGCAGGUCACUUUACUCAAAUGGUAUGGGUGGCGACGCGUUUUUUCGGCGUGGGCAAAGCGCGUUCCCGCGCGGGCAAAGUCAUCGUCGUUGCCAACUAUUCGCCCCCUGGGAACUACUCGGGGCAGUUUGAGACCAACGUUCUCCCGCCGCUGCCCGAGAACAUGCCCGACGUUCCUAUACCGGAGCACUGACAGUUUUCUAUAAAGGGUAGGAGGUUUCAGGCUGACGUGAAGAUUAAGAAAUAGGGGGUAUAACUUUGCCCUUUUGUCCUAGCUUUGCGAACAUAGUGAAUGGAACAUUAGUAAUUGUAUGACACAUGAGAAAACAGAAAUAAAUAGUUGGUUUAUAAUAAUUCCUACGAUGUGAAUAUGUGUCUACUUAUAAACAAAAGUAAACUAUUUCGAAACUAGAUGAACAUUCAACCCAAGGCACACUUUAAAAAUACUACUGUUACUAUUGUAUUUGCUUUGUGUGCGUAAGGACGGAAGGGCAAAGUUAAAGGUCAUAGUUAAAUAUAUUCAUAGAUAUCUCAUAGAUAUCACAGUUGACGAGGAUAAUGUAUGUUACCAGUUCCGGUGGAGCCUAUCCUUUAUAAAUAUUUUGUGGGAAAGUAAGAUAAAAAAAUGGUAAACAUGAUUCAUGACAUCAUAGUUUGUUUAUUCCUAAUUUAAUUAUAAACGUUAACCGCAUUUUUACCUCAGAUGAAAUUCCACCAAAUGGUGAAAUAAAUAUCUGUCCAUAAUAUGAUGAUUUAGUUCCUAAAUACCGUCCGUAAAAAGGAGAUUACGAUAAUAGUUCACUGAAUAGGAGUACACUUAGUGCAUAGACGUCAUACCAUGAUCAUGCUUAGGUAUUACAUAUAAUUACAAGUCAAUUUAGUCGAUUCUUUUAAGUCUUUAUUUAAUAACUUAAAAACAAAGAAAUAAACAGACAUAAAAAAACUUACUACGUAGGUACUUAAACUAAAGGUAAAAAAUUUGGCCAAAUUCUUUUAAGUAUUAUUUUGACUUGUAAUUAUAUACAGUGUGUAAAUCCAAUACGGGCUUUAAAUUAAACCAGACAUAGAAUUUACCCGUGUAACGAAUUAAGAAGUUUAUAUAUAUAAUUCAACUACGAUCAUAUCCUUUUUUAUUAGUAAGAUACAACUGACAAAGAAAAAAUAGUGCAUAAAGUGCCUACAACACAUUACGUGUUGGUUUUCGGCCUACGUUUGGUGUGUGACUUCUAUGGGCUAAGGGAAUAGUGAUCUAAGCGCUAGUGAACCCUCAAUCAAUACGGAGGUAAAUUAAUUAUGAUAAGUGGAAAUCCAUAAUUUUUAUAGAUUAAAAAUUCAUUAUAUAAAUGGGUUAACCCGUUUUAAAAUUUGUAGAUCGUUUAGUUAAAACUUGCAACGUUUGAUUUUUAAUGAAGGAUUCCAAUCAAAUAUUAUAAUUACCUAUAUAUUAUAGGACUUCAUGCUUAAGAGGCUUCAGUAAAAAAACAUGUAUUUGCAUAUGUUUAUCAAAUUAACUCAAAAGUUUUGUGACAGUACUAGAAAAGUAAAAAACUACAGGCUACCAGUAUAACUUCCUGAAGCAUGAAGCUCUUAAUAAAUUGGUACAGGAACACCUAUACUACCCAUUCGAUUUUCUCAAAGGUCUUAAUGAUAGGUACUUUACAAAAACGGAGUGAAAUUCGGCGGUACAGUUAGCAUCAAAAGUAGCGGAAUAAACUACGCAUCAGAAAAAGCUACCAUUCUCUAACUGCUUAACAAAAAUAGACAUGUCUCUAAGUAUAUUUAGAACAAUAACACGGUAGCAGAUACUUUGGAGCGAACUGUAGAGAUUUAUAGUAUGAAUUCUCUGAAGUAAUGUUUAGACCUCAGACACAAAUCUGUUAAAAAAAAGCCAUUCUGUCUUUUAUGCGAUCGGUCUACUCCCAUGUUAGGCAAUUGGCAAAACAACAACGUCCUUUAAAAAGCGACUGUAUGGUGAUAAUAUUAAAGUUCAAAGCUAUGUAAUAAUAUGAGCGCUCGCCUACACUGAGGUUGUCGCUCGUCCUACAUUGCUAAAACAUGUUACAUAUUACCACGAAUAUCACGAUACAGUUAUUUUUUAGACGACAUUGUAGCUUUGCCACGUGCCAACACGGGAGCUGACCGCUCCCAUUAAAGAAACUGGCUUUUGGUUAACAGAUUAGAGCUUAUUAGUCGCAAAAAACAUUUCAAUAAAUUCAUAUUAUAUCACUAUUUGGAAAAGUAUUUGAGAGUGACAGAUACUUUUGGUGCGUUGUUACAUUCGUUGGUGCUGACUGUACACUUUAUCGGCUCGGUUAGACAUACCUUAUGACACCACUUAUUACGUUGCGUAGUUAUACAUGUUAUAGUAUUUCAUUAGUAAGCUAGAGCUAGUAUAUGAGCUAUAUACCCUGUUAAAUUAUUAGUAGAUUAAUCUUAAUAUUGUGGCAAAGUCUUCCCUGAAGGUUGUUUUAAAUUUAAUAGUUUUCCGAGCUUCCUCGUAUUUGAAAUUAGACAUAUUGAGUUAAGCAACAUUAAGUGAGCUUGAUAGUCAAGUAACGAAAAGAAUAGGUGUUUGAUUGCUGUGUGCAAUUUUUUGUUUUGCUGUUUUCAAUCAUCUGGUUACAUAUGAACCCGUGUUAUUGUCACAUAAAAUCUGGUUAUGAUCUAUCAAAAAAUAUUUGUUACUGGAGUAAAAUAGCGAUUUUUUAAUACUUUGCACCAGUGGGCAAAGACGAUUAUUGCAGUGUCAGCUCAAAAUGCCUAAGUAUACCUAGACUAUAAAGAGACAUACACGUUGAAUAAAUGUGCAAUUUAUUAAAACUUAAGUUAUCAUUAUCCAUUGAAGUAAAGUUGAGUAGCCGAUUUGAAGUCAAUUAAUGUCAUUUCAAUUCACUAGCAGAAAUGUAUUAAUGCAUAACUAAUAAUGACAUAUUAAA